AUGACUUCAGCACGCAUUCAAGAGUUGUCGCCUUUCGACCAUGUUGCCGUCCAUUUAUACUUACAUUGGGUGACCGCAUUCCGCAUUCCUGAGAGCGUAACACCAGGCGAAGUAUUCUCGCAUCUCCGAUACGGACUCGCAAAGACGAUUGAAGAUAUACCUGAAGUCGCUGGCGAGCUAGUACCGCUCGACUCCGUUGAAAAUGACAAACAACCGGGGCGAUGGGGAAUAAAGCUCUCAGAGGAUCAGUCGGUGGAGCAGGUACUCUUCCAGAAAGACUAUACUCAAACUGAGAAGUUCGAUUACGAGAGACUAGCGGCUAUGGGUAUGCCGCCGUCGGAGCUUGAUGUGAAUGAACUGGGUGCCAUGGGAUUGUGGUGUGGGGACGGUCAAAGAAGGGGACUAUUUUUUGCCCAGGCGAAUUUUGUACGCGGUGGCUUACUGUUGUCGACUUGCGUUAAUCACCAUACACUGGAUGCUAUCGCCAUGGGGCCACUAUUACCUGUAUUAUCAGAGGCUUGUUUCAAUAGAAGCAUUCUGCCCCAACCAGAACUCGAGUCUGAAUCCUACGAGACCCUGAAGGACCGCUUGGACCUCUGGACAGCUCUGGGGCUUCCUCAAUAUUUACAUUACCCACCAUCAGACCCAGACAGGUUACCUACGCCCGGACCUAAACUACGGACCACAAUUAUUUCAUUUUCGAACCAAAAGCUGAAGUUUCUCAAAGACGACGCCCGUCCAGCUUUAGGUACAGAGUGGAUCUCAACCAACGAUGCGCUUAUGGCCCUUUUCUGGCGCAGCAUUAUGCGGAGUCGACUCGGUUCUGAUGUUCCAGAUAGCGAACAAAACACCACUACUACUGAGCUAUCAUCCAUAUUCAUCAUGGUUAUAUCUGCCCGAGCGCGUCUCGCGCCCGCUCUCCCAGAGUCAUAUCUCGGCAACGCAGUUCUCCACGGCACGACAACAGCACUUGACCCAACCAAAUCCUCACUAGCCGAACUGGCUCUAGUUCUACGAUCUUCGCUUGCAGCCAUUACCCACGAAGUAGCGAGUUCCUCACUCAAGCUGGCUGCUCAUAUACCAAACUAUAAACUUGCGCAUAGCUCGUUUCCAACUGCACUAGACACAUUACUUGUAGCGACUAAUUGGGCGGGCGUGCCGCUGUAUGAUUUAACUUGGGGAAACCCGUUGCAUAGCCCGGCUGAGUUUGUGAGACUCCCUGGAGGACAUAUGGAGGGUGUUCUGAGGGUGUUACCGCGUAAGAGUGAUGGUACGCUAGAGGUGUUCCUGGGCUUGGAGACGGAUGUUAUGGAGAGGUUUUUGAAGGAUCCUGAUAUCGUGAAGUAUGGAGUGUCUCUUUUUUGA